AAUGAUAAUAAUUUGCAGCGCUGCAUGAACAUUGAAGUGAAAAACAGAUUUUCGCCUCCCCAAACGGCGUUCCGUACCUCCACCCAGCCGAGAGAUUACUAUCUUCUGCCGCGGAUUUACUAUCUUCAUAUAAGGAUUUUUAUUUUAUUUUGUUUUACUUGUUGCUUUUUUAAAAAGUUUUUGUAUUUUUUUUUUUUAUUUUAUUUUUUUACGAAAUCCAUACGAUCAUUUAUCGUAGUCACUCGUCAAUGGUCCACUAGAUGUCAGUGUUGAAGUAAUCUCUCUCGAAUAUAGAUGGCGAAUUGUUUAUCUUUCUUGCUGUUUAUCGUCUGCUUACCUUCAAUUGAGUUUCGGACGUGAUCCAAAGAACUGUUAUGACAUCUAUUAUACUGUGCCUUUUCUGGUAAAUUACCGAAUACCGACUAUUAAAUAGUGAAAUUCUGUUUUACCUUAUAACUGAAACCGAAAACCCAAUAUUACAACCCUGUGGUGAGUACUAGUGACCAAUUUCCCGGCUGGCCGUUAAAAAUCAUUAUUCAUUCUUCAAAACACAGGUACAUACACAACUAAUCAUUCCUUGUAGUCAAUCCUAAAUAGCCCACUAAAUAUCUAAUGUUAAUGUCAUAUUGCUUACACCACUUUGUUUUGGGGCAUAACUAUAAAAUUACCUGCCAGCUAGUGAUAAACCAUUUUUUUACGUUCCCUAAGAAAUUAAAAUUUAUAGCAAGAACAAUAGCACAUCAAAAAUAGAAAAAAUUUUUUAUUAUCUUAAAUGUUAAGAGCCUUAUAGCGAACAAGUACAGGCUAAAAUAAAAAGACAAAUAAAUGUUGGUAUAAUUUUGGUACAUUUAGACAUUUAUUCAAAUCACGCACACACAACCAACACAACUUCACACACAUUCUUCGAUUCCACGCUAUUCAUUCACACGAAGGAAGAGAAGAAAAAGAGAAAAAAUUUGAAAAAUAGAAAAUAAAUCGGGUCGUGGUAUUGAUGUUGAUAGGGCUACAUGUUAGAAAGCACUUGCAUUGUGCCAAGAGGUUUAGUGUUUAUUAUUGAAAAGACGUCUGCAAACACUAACGCAACGCAGCAUCGCCUUUAUCUAGAUUAUAAUAUAUCAUAGCUGCAAUUCGCUGGUGGUGGGUAAAACAAGCUUUCACCGGAGCAAACGGUUAAGUAAAUACGGAAAUGUGUCUGCGUUUAUUGAUUACAAGAUGAGCUGCAACUGCAAUGACGUUGACUGUAGACAUUUUGAGCAUAUUGACUGCGCUGAACUGUUCAGACCAAACAACUGAUCAAAUUUAGUCUUAAUUGAUUAGUGCUUAAAUUGAGUUUCUCUUGAUCAGACAUUUGCGACUGAAAAAUGUUACGAUUCAGAAUUCAGUCGCUAAUAAAAUAUAUUUUUGGCGCACAGCAUAUACUUUUUUGUGUUGCUUACUGUUCAAAGACCUUAUUUCCCAUCGUAUCACUUGUAAUGGACGCAAAUAUCUAAUCUAACGUCACGUUUUUCAUUUUAGAAAUGGUUAUAACGUCGGAAAUGUCGUUUGCUUUCAUUGCUUGAAUAAUAAGUUACCUAAGACGGGAGUGAUUACAUCACCCAUACGUUGAUAUCAGGACAACGCGGAUUCGAGAUUGCUUCCGGUCCAAGAGACUCUUACCGAAUGCGCUGGAUCGCGUUUCUACUUUUGCAAUCUCGUGCGGAUAUCGCAGAGGGAAUGCAUUAUGACAUAUUUCAUUAUAGUGAGAUUUUCGCCUUUCUUCUCCUCGUUCGUCACCAGGAUUCGUUUACGUCAUUUUGCUUCCCCUGUGACGCAAACUUAUAAGGAAUACAUAGAACGCUUUCUAGCAUCAAAAGUUUGAGCUUACAUGAAGUUCCUUGCGCUCUCUUACCACAUCUUCGUUAUGAGGUAGUAGACGGCACCGUGAGUCUAUAUCCUUAAUUAUAAUCACAGUUUCAAUUUGAAUCAAAGUCAAAAGUGCUGUUCAACUAUCGAUUUUCAUUAUAUCCUCCCACGAGCUGACAUAAUAAUAUAAUAAGGACGCCGCCUUCAAAAUAUCGACCGCGUUGUAGGAGAAUUGUGCGCCGCCGCAGAAUAUUCUACCGUACACAUUGGGGGUGCAAUAGUUAGCGCUGCAAAGGGGGUAGAAACAGUAGAAUGUCUUCCAAAUAUUACGUUUCUCACUGCUGACCGUCCCGUUCAAACAAACUUUGUUUGGUGAUCUUCAACGAAAAAUUUCAAAUAACCCCGCGGAUUUGUGAUACUUGAGAAAGAAAGAAAGAAAGAAUGGAGCACCGGUGGAACCAGCUGACGGAGAAAUUGAUAGCAUCGGUCAGUGUCAGAGAAAAAUGGUGGAAUCGGAUUUGUCUCGCACUAACCGGAAAAGAAGGGCGGAGGCACUACUACAACCUGGAAAAUUUGGAAAAACGAUUUACGCUGUUUGAAACGAUCUCUCAUCGGCUUUGUAAUCCGCAAGCUGUGGCUUUAGCGAUGUUUCUUCAACAUUUACACUACGACCCCCGUCUACCCGGCAUUUCGGAGGAACUAACUUUGGCAACCCUCGAAGAAUUCAUUGCGGAUGCAGAGCAAGCGAUUCCUGAAUUAAUCAGUGACUUGAGAGAAUUAAUCGAGGCAGCUCUUAUCAAUUCCACUCCAGUCCAUUUAACACCCGACGCAGUUGGGUCUGGUGAUGUGCACUACUUCCUUGACAUAGAUAUGGCAGUGUUGGGCAGUUCUUCCAGCGAAUACGCUGAAACUUUGACUAUGAUGCGAGAAGAAUACGGAUUCACCUCUGACGUUGACUACUUCGAGUUGCGGCUCAAAGUGUUGAGAUAUUUUCUGCAGAUACCCAACAUUUACGCCACCGAAGACUUUCGGAAUCGAUAUAACGAAAAAGCUCGUGACAACAUAAUCAACGAGAUAUCAAACAUUGAAGACCGUCUGAAAACGAUUCGACCUUCGCCGUGAAAUCUAACUUAUUAUUAAUAGCAGGUGCUGGAGACUGAAUUUUAAAUGUCCUACAUGUGGAAUAUCGUCCAAGGAAAUCAUUGUUGGUUUGCUGAACUGUGCUGUGAAGAGCUCUGUGUGUCGAAUAAGACGGAAUCGAAAUAAAAACAAUAGUCAAGUUGCUUUUUUGUGUGUGUGAUAGAUUGCCAGUCGCUUAUAUAAUGAUGUCAGUUGAUACAUUCAUGGUUUCUUGUG